AUGAUAUUGAACGAUUUAAAUGGAGAUCAACACACGAAGGAUAAGAAAGGAGAUGAGAAAAUUAAGAGCAAUGACAGCGAUGCUCUGGAAAAUAUUCUGGUACACAUAGGACAGUUCGGACGCUACCAGAAGCUGUUGUUCCUGGGGAUGUUACCCGUGGGGGUGUUUUUCGCCUUCGUAUAUUUCGUCCAAAUGUUCAUAGCCGCUACCCCCCAACGGCACUGGUGUAAAGUUCCAGAACUAAAUCAUUUAGAUCCAGAGCUGAGACGGAAUUUAACAGCUCCUCCACCAAGUAUUGAUGGUGAGGAAUGGAACCGCUGCUUCAUGUAUGAUGCCAACUGGACCGAAGUUUUAAUGAACAACAGAACCGAUCCCGGGACACCCAUCACCGCUUGCAAGAACGGCUGGGAGUUCGAGCUAAAAGAUAUACCUUACCACACUGUAGUUAGCGAGCGCGGCUGGGUGUGUGAUAACUCCGGCUACACUCCCUUCACACAGACUGUUUUCUUCAUCGGCUCCUUCUUUGGAGGUUUAUUCUUUGGAUGGGUGUCCGACUACUUUGGAAGGGUGCCAGCUUUGUUUGGUUCCAACUUAAUGGCGUUGGUCGGUGGUAUAGCAACAAUAUACACUACGGAGAUAUGGGACUUCGCGUUCUGUCGAUUCAUCGUCGGAACUGCCUACGACACUUGCUUCAUGGCCAUGUAUAUUUUAGUGAUGGAGUACACUGGUCCUAAAUACAGGACAUGGGCAGCGAAUAUGUCGAUCGCUCUGUUUUUCGGUGGGGGCUGCCUCAUCCUCCCCUGGGUGGCACUUUGGGUAUCAGACUGGAGAACACUUCUUUGGGUCACUUCACUGCCCAUGUUGCUGGUCGUAGUUGUGCCUUUCACUGUACCUGAGAGCGCUAGAUGGCUCUCAUCUCGGGGGCGCGUUAAUGACGCUGUGAAAGUUCUGAGAAGAUUCGAAACAGUCAAUGGAAGGAAAAUACCUGAUGACGUCAUGGACGAGUUUAUUGUAUCAGCCAGUCAGACUCGUCGUACAAAAGAGUCUAUAAUGGAUGUAUUCAAGAGUUCAGCUUUACGUGGUCUCCUCGCUCGUAUGGUAAUUGUAUACAUGACAUGUGCCUUGGUCUUCGACGGGCUGGUCCGUAUGUCGGAAGGCCUCGGCUUGGACUUUUUCGUGACCUUCACUUUGACCUCUGCCACCGAGAUACCUUCAGUCAUGCUGUUAGCCUUAGUACUGGACAGGUUCGGUCGUCGUGUUCUGACCGCCGUCCCGCUCUUGGUAUCUGGAACGCUGAUACUCAUUGCUACUGUUGUACCUAGAGGUAUACCUCAAGUGUCCCUGGCUAUCAUGGCCCGGUUCAUGAUCAACAUGGCGUACAACGCGGCCAUCCAGUGGUCGGCGGAGCUGAUGCCGACCCCCGUGCGAGGGUCCGCCUCCUCCUUCAUACACGUCAUGGGAUACGUCUCCACGCUCGUCUCACCAUUCGUCGUGUACUCGGAGCGAGCGUGGAAGUUACUGCCGCUUAUCAUUCUGGGAGCAUUGUCUCUGGUGGCGAGUGGAGUUUCUUUGAUGGUGCCGGAGACUAACGGCCGGCCGAUGCCACAAACAAUAGAAGAAGGAGAACAAGUUGUACGAAGCUACACACUUUGCGGAAAAGUCGAAGAUUCAGAAGUAACUUCAGAACAAAACGAGAAAGAGAAGGCUCUCAUCACUUAG